AUGGCAGAACCUGAGCAAGUUGGGACACCUCCCGUGUCUCCAGACAGCGUGCAUAGCAAUGAAGCCAAGAAUACCGACACGCCCAAUAACGGCACGCGUCGUUCAGGUAGAGCGACAAAGGCACCUACCAAGUAUGAUGAGGAGUAUGUCAUUCCUGCUUAUAAAACACCUAUCCAGCCUGCUAUUCCAUCAGCCCGCCCAAAGCGCAAAGCAGCUCUCAUUGCGAAAGAGAACAUCAUUCCCGAAGAUCCUCGUCCACUCCUAGAAGCAGCCCUAGAUCGAAUGUCCCAGAACGAGCGGAAGGAAUAUGGAGGUUGGGUAGAACUUGAAUCUGAGCCUGGAUUCUUCAAUGCCAUUCUACAAGAACUCGAAGCUAAGGACUUCAAAGUUCAAGAAGUGUACAGUCUGGAUCCAGAUAUACUAGAAUUCCUACCUAAACCCGUUCAUGGUCUCAUUUUCUUAUUCCAAUAUGAUGGAUCUGAUGAGCCAAGAAAUGAGGUGAACCGUCAGGAGUGUCCUGACUAUCUCUGGUUUACUAAUCAGACGACGGCAAAUGCUUGCGCUACCGUAGCGCUCAUGAACAUCAUAAUGAAUGCUCAAGACGUCACCCUCGGUAUGGAACUCCAGAAGUUUAGGGAGUCGACAAAAGAACUACCACCUCCCCAUCGAGGCAGCUCCCUCGACAAGAAUGACUUUAUCCGAAGUGUCCAUAAUUCCGUUGCAAGACGAAUUGAUCUCCUCUCCGAGGAUCUAUGUCUUGAUAACAAGUAUGAGGAGUCAGUAACGGUGAAAAAAAGAAGAACGCAAAAGAAGUCUACCCGUGCUGCACGCAAAGGGCUUGUCGAGACAAACUAUCACUACAUCGCCUAUGUUCCCGUAAACGGCCAGGUGUGGGAACUCGACGGCUUUGAAAUGAAGCCAUUGUGUCUUGGUCCUAUUUCGGAUUCAUGGAUCGACACCGCAAGCACGGCGAUUAAAGAGCGUAUGACGCGCAAUUCAGAGAUCCCAGAUUUCAGCCUCUUAGCCAUCUGCCAAUCUCCUCUCCAGACUCUAGCCAAGGAGUUUGCUACCAGCCUAGCCUGCUCCCAUGCUUUACACGAGCUCUACAGCGGAAAUACCAACUGGACCGUCCAGGACCCCUUCAAAGCUUUCCCCGCCUCUCAUCUCGCCCAGCGAAACCUGACACGUGAAUAUAUCACAUCUCAAGAGCUUCCGGAUUUGUACAAGAUCAGGACAAGCCACCCGGAUUUCAACUCAGAUGAGGCGUCAAAGCUAGGGAAAGAACUAAGAACGGAGCAGGAUUCGCUCGACGCCCAGUACGUUGCUGAGUUGGCGACGGUUGAUGAGGCGGUGGAUAUAAUACGUGGACGGCAGCGGGAUUACACUCCUGCGAUACACCAUUGGGUGCGGGCUCUUGCUGAGAAGGGUGUGCUAAGGGGGCUGAUCCAGGAUAUGGGGUCAUGA